AUGCAAGGCCUCCUCAAAACACUUCUGUGCGCCCUUCCAAAAUCCCAGGCCGCUCAGGAACUUCGAUGGAUCAAACAGGAACUUCCGGCUGACCAAUGGCAGAAGGCUGUUAUUGAUAGAUCUCAUCUAAAACCUCUUCAAUACAUUUUGGGUACACAGCCUUUUGGACCACUUACUAUUCGAUGCAAAGAGAAUGUUCUAAUUCCCCGAAACGACACCGAGGAAUGGUGUAUACAGUUGCUGAACUCUUUGAGAGGUCGACGUCUUAACAAUAUUCUAGACUAUUGCACAGGUACUGGAUGCAUAGCGUUGACUUUAGCUAGUAGUGCUAGCAGUCCCAAAUGGGGGAAUAUUGUUGGAACUGACAUCAAUAGGGAUGCUAUAUUAUUGGCCAAUGAGAAUGCUGUUUUGAACAAAGCACGUUUAAUGUCCAUUCCUUCGUUUGAGGUCUGUGAUCUUAGAAAAGAAGAGAUACCCAAGAAGACUGGAUCCAUCGCUUUUGAUCUGUUGGUUUCCAACCCCCCUUAUAUUCCGGUUGAAAAUAUGAACACCACAGCUGGUGUUGAGAAGUCCGUACUUCACUAUGAACCGUGGUCUGCAUUGGUCGGGAACCUCGAGUUUUAUGAGUCCCUUUGCAAGAUUAUUCCCGCAAUCCACGCUGAAUCGUUUAUAUUCGAGCUUGGAUACAGACAACAGGCACUAGCUGUUCGGAAAAACCUCCCGGAUUCUUGGUUCUGCGGUGUUAAACAUGACAGUUCAGGAAGAAUACGAAAUGUAGUCGGCUGGAGACACCCCAGAUUUCAAUAUCUUAGUGAGCUAAUAGACGAAAGGUUGUCAUGA